AUGGACUGGUCUCCGAGAUCGCCACCCCCACCAGAUAGCACAAUCAUUGAACAGCUGCAACUCCAACCCCCUUUUCUGAGCGUUUACACCACAGUCUUUGAAGCCGAACGAAUUUGCAAUGCAAAGCUCGAGGCGCCGGAUGCGCUUCCUCCAUUGACGAUCAGGCGACUAGCUACUGAAAGAGUCUACCUUCGCGUCAUAGGAUGGUCCUACGUCUUCGCUCUUCGGCCAGAAUGCCACUCGGCACUGUCUCGCUGGAUUACUGCGUGCGAGAACGAUACGACGGCAAUCGUGCACUUGGGAAGAUAUCUGUGUAAUUCAUACCUUAGGCUUUUGCCUUAUCCCAGCGAUUCUCAAUCUUCGAGCUCGCAUGACUCUUUCGACUUGAAUUGCGAAAGCGAGAGUGCAGAGAUGUCUUCUUCAAGGAAUCAAACAGAGGCUAAACAGCGCGCCCUCGAACGCGACAAUUAUCAAUGUGUCCUCACCAAGAGAUUCUCCUAUUGCUCGCCGUUGUAUGCCAUGCCUACCAAUCCUUCAGCUCAGAAGGCCAUCAUAGAUGCAGCAACUGCGUUCCCGCGGGACAUGACCCGCGAGGCGGUGGAACAAGAACCCAUCAUUGCAAACGAUUGUGUCCAUGUCGCCCAUAUAUUGGGCGACGUUUUCAAACGUGAUUAUGGCUCGCCAAGGACAGAUGACGAGGAGAACCAGAAGCAGGCCUUGCCUUCAUCCCCUUGGGACCUUUUGGCCGCCUUUGGCUAUCCCGAGAUCCGCGAAGAGCUCGAAGGGCCUCGUUUACAUCGUCUCGAAAACUUGUUCUCGGUCACGACUUCUCCGCAGAUUUGGCUUGAAUCAAUGCGCGUGUGGAUAGAGCCUGUGGGCCACAACAAGUACCAGAUCGACGGAGUUUUGCCCCACAAGCUCUUUAUCGGGAGCCGGUUGUAUUCCGCAGACGGCAUCGUCGAGUUUCUCUCGCGGAGGACGUAUUCGUAUGAGGAAGCCCAAGCGCAGCCCUCACCAUUGGAGGCGUCAGUGCAGAGCUUCACAUCCGAGUCGUCAGCGCAGAUCUUAUCAUCCGAGCCGUCAGCGCAACCCUCCUCAUCCAAAUCGCCACAGUACCCUCUCCCCUUCCCGAAAUACUUCGAACUCCGCGCUGCCGCUUGCAAGGUCGCCAACCUGUCGGGGGCAGUGGAUCUUUUUGAGAGGGUUGAGACGGCCUUGGAAGAAGCCAAUACUCUCGCGGAAGAUGGGUCCCAUGCAGAUGUGUUGGAGGCUCGGUUGUUGCAGGUUGCGAUGACGCGGACUCGGCGGAGCCGACGAAGUCCUUGCCCAGCUGUUUAAGCACGAGACGAGGUCGCCCUCAGACGAGCCGUACUGCGGUGGAGCGGAGUCCAGCAGCGCCGACCAGGGCGGCGCCGGACAGGAGAUUGAGAGCGGUGGCGGCGAACAUCGUCGAGGAUGUAAGUGCAGAUACAUGUUAGUCUAAAGUCGGAGGAGAGGGGAAUGAAAGCUGGGGUGCUGUGGGCGGCUCGGCCUGAAUUUGUUAGAGCUGCGCCUGUUGCUUGUUGUGUCACAGUGGCCGCGACUGUCCAGCAGCGAGCUAUUUGAAGC